AUGGCUACCCCCAGUGUCCUUACCUUUGAUACUAAGGGUCGUGCUGUUGACUUUGAGGUCUGGGUCGAAGACCUCCACCUGUUCCUACAGAGCGAUAGGGCAGACGGACUCUCCCUGUUCGAUCUCACCUGUGGUGCCUCUCCUGCCCUGCCUGCUACUGCUUACAGCACUGUUCGCUCACAGUGGGCCACGCGCGAUGCUGCUGCCCGUCUUGCUGUGCGUCGCCACUUACCGACCAUUGAGCUCAAGGAUCACUUCCUCUCAGUUUGCCCCACCACACUCACCGUUGACCUCCUCGAGGAGCGCCUCCUAGCAGCAGAGAGAAGCAUUGUCGUUGUAGGAGCCUCUCGUGGUGACCCUCGCACCCCCGUCUUAGAGGGAUGUUCCCCCUCCCCCCUCUUGCCCUCUGUUGCUUCUGGUGCUGCGGCCGACGUCGUUGGCUUCGAGUCGGUCGGCGAUGCGUCUGCCCCUAGCGAAAGACGCCGCACAGGCAAGGGCAAGGGGGGCAAGGGCGUUGGAGGGGCUGGCGGGAGUGGAGGGGGUGGGGGUGGUGGUGGGAGUGGUGGCGGGGGUGGAGGUGUCGGUGGCAGCAGUGGAGGCAGAGGAGUCGGCGGCGGUGGCGGAGGGAGCGGAGGCGGCGGAGGCGGCGGAGGUGGCGGAGGCAGCGGUGGAGCUGGUCGCGGCUUUGCGCAGAGAAGUACUGGUGAGACUGCUGCUCUAGGUGCUAGUGCGUCUGCUGCCCCAGGUGCUGGUGAGUCUACUCUCUCUGGUACCACGUCGGCUGAGGCCUUACACACCUUCACCCUUGACUCGGGUGCUUCCCGCUCCUUCUUUCGAGACCGCACCACGCUUACGCCGCUUAGUCGGCCGGUUGCGGUCUCCCUAGCGGACCCCUCUGGGGGUCCUGUCCUUGCUAUCUUCUCCACAGUCUUACCGUGCCCAGCAGCCCCCUCUGGCACCCUGUCUGGUCUCUACCUCCCCUCGUUCUCUACAAACUUGGUGAGUGGAGCUGAUCUACAGGAUAGGGGGGUUGACCAGUUCACUCCUGCGAGUCAGCGGGUGACCCACUGCACGUGUGCAUAG